AUGAGCGACGAGGGUGCUUCCAACAAUGAGCAGCUGCUGGCCGCGUGCAAGCUGGACCAGUCCGACAUGGUCGAGGAUCUGCUGAAGGAUCUGGGCUCGGUCGAUGUCAACUGUGCCGACGGUGUUGGCAACACGCCGCUCCACUAUGCAAAUAGUGCGCAAACUGGAUCGGUGGACUGUGUCGAGCUUCUGGUGGCGGUGCCUGGUAUUGAUGCAAACAAAAAGAACCGAAUCGAGAACGACACGCCGCUGCACAAGGCGUCGCUGGAGAUCACACGGCUGCUGAUCUCAGCUGGAGCCGACCCGCGGAUUGUCAACCGCUUGAAGCAGCGCCCAAUGGACGCGACAUUGGCAUUCAACAUGCCGCACCAGCAGGCUGUGUAUGAGGACGGCGACGACUACUCGAGCGACUAG